AUGCCCCUUGCAGGGACUCCUGCUCCUGUUAAAAGGAAAAAGUCCACUAAACUCAUUGGGAAGCUGACACAUGAAGCUAUGCCACAAGAGGUGUCCAAGUUGAACCUGGGGAAGAAGAUCAGCAUCCCCAGAGAUGUGAUGCUAGAAGAGCUUUCUCUCCUCACUAACAAAGGAUCCAAGAUGUUCAAAUUGCGUCAGCUGAGAGUGGAGAAGUUCAUUUAUGAGAAUAACCCUGAUGCCUUCACCGACAAUUCUGUGGAUCACUUCCAGAAGUUCAUCCCACCAGGAGGGCGUUAUGGGGAAGAUGCUCAGGGCUAUGCCCAUGGGCGGAUGGUAGGAGGAGUGCCAGCUGGGCAGCACGGCUCCAGUACGCAGCAGCAUCCCGGGGUCCCUCCCAGGCCUGGGAGCAGAGGAGGCGCUAGAGAUGGUGAAGGGGAGCAUGCAGGGAAAUCAUCUGGAAGCGGUGGAGAAGGAGGCGACGGUACUGACAAAGAUGGAAAGUCAGGAGGCAAAAAAGUUACUAUAUUUAAAACUUAUAUUUCCCCUUGGGAACGAGCGAUGGGUAUCAGUCCUGAAGACAAAAGUCAGUUCUCCAUGGACUUACUGUCAUACAGCCCCAAAGCUGAUUUCCCCCAUUACAAGUCUUUUAACCGGACUGCCAUGCCUUACGGGGGCUAUGAAAAAGCAGCCAAACGGAUGACCUUCAAAGUGCCUCAGUUUGAUAUCUGCCCUUUGCUCCCAGAAUCUCUCAUGAUAUAUAAUCAAAAUUUCAGCAAAAGACCCUCCUUCAACAGAACCCCAAUACCUUGGAUGCCUUCAGGAGAUCUCUCAGAGUACCAGACUGCAGUCAAUGUGCCAAUAAGUGGUGAAACAGAAGAGCUGUAA